AUGGAGAGAUUCCAGCGAGGCGGCGGCGAGCUGGACCUAAGCCAGCUGGGCGGCGGUAGCAGCAAUGGGGAUUACGAAAGGCGAUUAUCUGUGUCGAUAGCGGGAGCGGCGGAGGACAUUGUCGCCGGGUGGGAGGCGGAGGAUGAGGAAGAGGAGGAGGAGGAAGAGGAGGAGGAGGAGGAUGAGGAGGAGGGUGGGAAAGCAAAGGGGCUGGGGGACUUGCUAUGGGGGCAUGAGGCAUACGAGAGCGACGGCUUCGACUCCAGCCUAGAGGACCAGGUCGAAGCCAUGUACGAGUGCCUGAAGGCGCACCUUACCGUGAGCCUGGAGGAGAACAGAGGCGGGGCAGACGCGGCCGCUUUCGGCGCCGCCGCCAAGAAGACGGGUGGGGACCGACCGUGGGGCGCCGCAAGCGGCCCCCAAACCAUCGCCGACGUGGUCGCGGCAGCAGCAGCAGCCGCGGGGUCGUCGGGCGGGGAGGUGCCCCCCUCUGACGAGGGGGACGGGGAGGGGCAGUACCUGUGGGGGUGUACCUCGCCGCAGGAGGAGCGGGAGCAGCUCGUGUCGUUCGCGUCCCUCGGGUGCUUUGAUCCGAGUGCCCGCCUGCAGUCACUGAUGCUCAUGUCGACCGGAGAAAGGCUGCGGAUGGCAAGAGACGCAUUAGCCGAACGUCUCAAGGACAACCCGCUUGAUGCAAGCGUUUGGAGAUUCUCCUGCCUGGCGUCAUCGUCCGGGAUGUAG